AUGGACACCAUUGACAAGAACGAAAACCCUGCUCUGGCCUUUGAAGGCUGGACAGAGCAUGCAAGUCGAGAUCGCAUCAGCACCGAUACCAAGGUACACCAACUGCUCAGCGCUGCAUACCCAGGUCACCAUGUUACACGCACACAGACAUCGUCCUGUGAUCUUUUGGGUUUCGCUGACGCCGGCUACGCAACCAAAACCCCGGAUCGUCCACGUGGCUACGACGCUAUUCGCAAGUUUGUGGCCCCGAAACUUCGAUACGAAAAGGGCAAUGACAAACUUGAGGAUGAGGUACGCUUUGGUGCCUGGAAAUACGACUGGGAAAGCCACCAAUUCCUGGUAUAUGAAUUGUCAUUCAGGGACUACCUGCUGAGCCGGGUCAUACGGUUUCUCUAUGUGAUAACACCUCCUUCCGUGGACGGCGCGGUGGACAUUGAUGGCCACCAUCUCAAGACCGAUGAACUUCUUCUGGUAGCCGGGAAGUGGACGAAGGAGAUGCACGAUGAAAUAUGGGUCUUUGACAACCAGCAGUGGAUGAAGGAUAAGGAGUUAUACCGGAGUGUUCUUGGAGCGUCGUGGGACGAUGUCAUUCUUGACCCGAGCAUAAAGUCGAGCCUGGCUCAAGAUGUCGAGUCCUUCUUUAACAAUCAGUCUUUGUAUAAGACACUCCGGGUGCCAUGGAAGCGCGGUGUGAUUCUUCAUGGGGUACCGGGAAAUGGCAAGACCGUGUCUAUCAAGGCAAUCAUCAACUCAUUGGCGGCACGCAAUCCUCCGGUCCCCGCCAUGUACGUGAAAUCGCUCGACGGAUGUUCGCACCCAAAAGUCGCCAUGCAGCAAAUCUUUUCCAAGUCACGAAUCGUCGCUCCAUGCCUUCUGAUCUUUGAGGACCUCGACAGCCUGGUCGAGGACAAGACACGCAGCUACUUCCUCAACGAGGUCGAUGGACUUGACUCCAACGAGGGCAUCCUAAUGAUAGGCUCGACCAAUCACCUUGAAGGGAUCGAUGCGGCUAUCACAAAACGACCCAGCCGCUUUGACCGUAAAUACCACUUCAAAGUUCCGGAGCACGCCUUGCGGAUGGCUUACUGUCACCAUUGGCGCGAGAAAGUGCUAGAUUCCCCUGCGUUUGCCUUCCCCGUGGAACUGUGCUCUGUGAUAGCAGAUCUCACGGAUGGCUUCAGCUUUGCUUAUAUCAAAGAGCUCUUCAUCUCGUCUUUGCUUAUGUUGGCCGGGGGUACUCGUGACAUCGAGGCUGGGGGCGACAACAUCUCAGGAGCAGCGUUGGAUUCAAGCUCUGACGAGAACGAGGACAGUGACAGCUCUAACAAACCCGGACGCGUCAUGCCUGCAGUGACAAUUCCCAAGGAACUUGAAGGAGAUCCCUUGCUUGCUGUUAUCCUGGCUGAAGCCAAGUUGCUCUGGGAGCAAAUGGAGAACGAGGAGACAGACGCCGUGAAGCGUAAAAAGGCAGCAACAGUAUGCGCUCCGAGGUUGCCAGAUUUUGUCUUUGGAUUGCGUGAUGAUUGA